AUGGAUACUUCCACUGGAGCAUGCAAAAGUUGUACUUCAAAUGAGUACGGUUUGCCCCUUACCAUCAACCCACUCCGAGAUGCUAGUGCAACACCAUCGCCCGGACAUGCUUCUGCGAUAGAUGAUCAUGGUGCUCCCCUUGAACGGUCAACCCUGAACCCGAACAACUGCGUCAUAAUCAUACAGAACAACUACAUUGCAGAGGGGGGAACUAUCAACAUAUUUUCAAGUGGCUGCAACGGUUCCAAGCACACGUCCUUGCAGCCUCCACCAGCGAGGCAGGCAGAGCCUGCAGAGCACGGUCGUGAAAGCAUAGUAUUGUACUGGAGCUG